AUGAGUGAAUGCUUGAAAGAAAAGAGACCAAAUAGAAAUUGCAUGAUCAAUGCAAUUAUUUCGCACAACAUUGAUUUUGUUUCUUACUUGAUGAAUCAGUACCAUAUAGAUCUUAACUUAAGGUGCUGUACAAUUUACAAUAAUCUUCAUGCAUUUUUAGUAUAUUUCGAUAUUACAAAUGACAUCAACAAUUGUUUUGUUUAUUCACCCUGUUUUCACCUUCAAUCUCUUUGUGAAUAUUUUAUUAAUUAUGGCGCUAAUAUCAAUGCAACAAAUGAAGAGAAAAUGACUGCUCUUCAUUUUGUCAUAAAGAAUAACAAUAAGGAAAUUGCAUAUAAUCUUUGUAAAUAUUUUAUUUCUCAUGGAGCAGAUAUCAAUGCAAGCAACAAUGUAGGAGAAACUGUCCUUCAUAUUGCAGUGGAUCGUAAUUAUAAAAAAUGUGUCGAACUUUUUAUUUCAAACGACGCAAAUAUAAAUGUGCAAAAUUUUAUUGGAGAAACUCCUCUUCAUUAUGCAGCCGCAAAAAAUAACACGGAAAUUGCAGAAAUUCUUAUUACAAAUCGUGCGAAUGUUAAUAUAACAUCACAAUGCGGUGAUACAGCUCUUCAUAUUGCAGAAAUAAAUGAGUGCGAGAAAAUGAUAAAGUUACUUAAAUCACGUGGCGCAGAUAUGUUUUUCAGCUCACCAUUCAGUUUCUCCACAUUCCAAGGUUGGUUUUAG